AUGUCUGUCCAAGACUGUCAAGAACUCGUCGAGAAGACUCUCGAAGCCAAAUUCCCCGCUACCGGCGACGAAAGAUUCGCCACCGUCGGACCAAACCCAGAUAUCAUCUUUGAAAACACAAAGGUGGCACUGUGGGCUCAAAGCCUAUCUGGAAAAAAUGUUGACCUUGAUAUGCGUCUGCCUGGCCGACGAGACUUCCUGAGAAGCCUUGCUGCUAAUGGGAUUCUGUUCACCGAUGACUACGAGAACAUGGGUACGUUUCACAGAGAUAAGGCACUUGUUGAGCUAGAAAAGGUUCUGCUCAACAACACAGGCAACCUCACCGCCCUACAAACCAUCCGGGCGCCAAUUUGGGUUGGCAGCCCGGAAAUCCGAGGGACUACGACGAUCCUAUGGAGCUGUAUCAUCACCCUGGUUGCGUGUAUCUACACAGCCCUCCACUUGAACGUUCCCGCCAACACCCAGAAGAUGUCGAUGCUUGGCGAGAAACUGAAAUGGGUUCUGAUUGGUCUUAUCGCGCCGGAGGUGGUCUUGUAUCUUGCUUCCUCCCAGUUUCUGGACGCUCGGAGGUUAUCGAAAGAGUUAACGAGCUUGUGGCAACAAAAGAAGCUCGUGGAGGGGAUCGAAAUGGAGAUUCAAGGGACGGACGACUCGAAAGAAGCAGAUGAAGAUCCGGUCUUUGAUAUCAAGUAUGGAUUUUUCGUUGCCAUGGGUGGGCUAGAAAUUCCCAUCAAGGACAUCCAACACUGGACAGAUCGGCAGGCGACGCGCGGCACCUUGGAAUCCGGGAGCUUGCGACUUUCUGUCAACGGUGUUUUACAACUUGCGAGGCUGGGGCACUUUCUCCCUAUCCCCAGUUCCGGGAUUGACGAUAAAAGCAAAGCAGACACGUUCGAGAAGUUUCUCAUCAUGACGCAAGUUCUCUGGAUGGCGACUCAGUGCAUUGUCCGGAAAUCUUACGGGUUACCCAUCUGCCUCCUGGAAGUUCAUACCAUGGUACACGUCGUCUGCGCUCUCGUCAUGUUUGUGUUCUGGAUCAAGAAACCGAAGGAUGUGACUGAUCCUAUGGUGUUCGAACCGACCCGAUUCCAGAAUAUCAUCGCGCUCAUGGUUCAAGAGCAGUUCCACUUCCGGAGAAGUGAAGAGUUUAUAUUCUAUCCCAGAUCCCAUAUCGGAGAAGUCCGAUUCGAACAACAAGCAUUCGUCUGGGCGCAUCAAACUGACCCCACACGCCGCAAACGUCUCACUGACGACGAACACCGGGUCUUGCACAUCGAAUGGGUCCGGCCUAAAGGGAAUACCUGGACUCUAAAUGCAGGGGAAGUCCUUCCUUCGGGCUUGGGAAUCGUUGGAAGGAGCGCUGCUUGGCAGGUUGAGAGGUUCCAACGGCUUGUUGUGCCGGAUUGGUACGCCCGUGCUUAUGACGAUCUGUCGAAUGUUCCCAGGAGCGUCUUGGUAACCGAAUGGGUGGAGGCUGAGCCUGUUCCACCAAGUGUCGAUCUGCGACCUCAAGACAUCGUGCGGUGGGAGCGUGUCAUUGACGCGAUAGAAUCGAUCGAGGGCAGGCUCCAGAAACCGGAUCUUUUUCAUCACGACUACCAACAAAUCCGCUACCCAGACCAGCACUUCCACGAUGCCUUCACUCGGUCAGCAGGAAAUUUUCAGUACACCGGAGACAGCCAGGUAGACCCAGAUCAGAUCCUAAGCUUCAUCUUUAGCAGUCCCAUCCUGCUCAUCCUGCUGCUGGUUCUCCCGGCUGUGUACGGCGGAAUUCAUUUCCUGGCAUCAAGCCAGCGAUUCCCUACUGCAAUAGAGUUGCUUCUAUGGAGAAUCUCUUCCUUCGACAUUAUGCUCACGAUGCCUGUAUUUUUUACAGUGACUUACAUUGGUUCCUCCAUCUCGAAGCUACUCUUCGAGUACGAGUCUCUUGGCGAGAGCUCAUGGGCUAUAUUUUAUAAGUUUCCGGGGCAUUUGAUGAUUUUUGGAUAUAUUCUCGCAAGAUCGUAUCUUGUCGUUGAAUCAUUCAUUAGUCUACGCGCAGUGCCGAUAGGGACAUAUUGGACACCAUCGUGGCUGCAGAUGAUACCUCACAUAUGA